AUGCCUCGACGUGGACGAUCUAAUCCUCCGCCUCCACCCCCGCGACGGGCUGCUCCUCCACCAAGCAAUGUCCCGGCUCAUGCGCCACCAUCUACCCCGGCGCCAGCUAUGGCACAAUCUCAGCAGCCGUCGAUGUUCGGUCAGAUGGCAGCUACAGCAGGCGGCGUUGCCGUCGGUUCAGCAGUGGGUCACGUGGCUGGUAGUGCUUUAACUGGAUUGUUUAGUGGUGGCAGUAGUAGUGAACCUGCACCGCAACACCCUGCUCAGCCUGCUGCCCAGACAUACAAUCAGUAUCAGAACCAACAACCGCAGGGGCCUUGUGCUUGGGAGAUCAAGCAGUUUAUUGAGUGUGCUCAACAGCAACACGAUUUGACUCUCUGCGAAGGCUUCAAUGAGGCAUUGCGUCAAUGCAAAAUCAACAACCACAUUUAA